AUAAACGUUUUCCUUGUUAGAUACGUGUUUAUAUUUGUUAACAUAUGUUGCAAAAAUAAUUGAUAUUUUUUCAACAGUUAUCUAUUAACGUGCUGCAACAUCUUUGCAUCUCACGAGCAAAGUAAAGAUGACAAUAUAACGUCAUGAAUAUUAACAAGUUUCGCAAUUACGAGUCAUGUGGGAGCAAACGUGGAAUCGGGAAUGUAUUAGCAUCAUCGUCACUCGCGCUAAUAUCAAUCUAGUCGAAUCUAGCGCAACCAAGUGUACACACAAUUGCAAAUAUGUUCGUCAAAAUCUGCUUCUUUAUUACGACGAUAAGCGUGACUGCCGGCGUGUAUACAAAAAUCAGCAGCAAGGCCAGCAACGUUACGUUUAAGUAUAUGAAGGGAGUUGAAGGGGAGAGCGAUUUACAUCACUGUAAAGCUCACGAGGUGUGCGGCGUGGUUCACGACCGGUUUUGGAUGACCACUUUGACGGAGAGGCUCUGUCAGUGCCCUGAAGGAAGGGAGUGUCCGUGGCAAUGGACGAAAAUCUUUGACAACUCAACUGUGUUGCUCAAUAACAGAUCAGUUCUAAAGUUUUGCACGGAAAUAGUGGAACGUCUCGAUACGUGCGCGCACAAGCAAAAGGCGGUAAUAGUCCACGGAGAAAGCGAUGCGAGUAACAACUACAUAAUACCGUAUAACGUGACAAUAAACUGCAUUUGUCCGCAAACGCAUUACUGGAAGCUGCAAAAAUACACGUACGAAGAGCACGGUCUCGUUCAAGUAUUCAAGUGUGUCAAGAAAAGAAUGUGCGAGACUCUGGAGUUUUGCGGCUACAUACGAGCUGAUUUAUAUUCAGCAUAUUACAGGUGCACAUGCCCGCAGAAGCAUUUAUGCGUUUUCAAGGAUAAAACUUUGGUAAACGUGCAGGAAUUGCUCUAUUCUGGGCCUGCUUAUAUGGCUUACUGUUAUCAUUCAUAAAGAUACAAAGCUAUUAAAUCAUAAUUUAACGACUCUGAGAAAAGCUGUUAAAUGUGUAGUUGAAUUUUCGCACUGUAAAGUCCUCGGAACCAAACAAUUAUCGUAUUGUGAAAUUCUCAAACCAUGCGUACGCAAAAUGAAAUUCGAAAUUGUUUCAAUCGACGUACAUUUUCAUUCUAUCCUACGUGACAAACAAAAAAGUAAUGCAAAAAGAGAAUUUUAUCUUAUAUGCAGCUCAUAAUACAAGACUUUACAAUACGGGAAUUCAAUUCUUGUUAAUGUAUAUGAUUAAAUACAUAUUUCAAAAGUUAUUAAAUAUUAAAAAAAACGUAA